AGGUUUUUCCUUCUCUUACCUUCUGCGCAGCCAGUCGGCAGCUACCUCUGGGAAGCAGGCAACAGAGUCAGAGAGAGAUGGGGAAGAAAGCGAAAAGCUCAAGGAAGGGGAAGAAAGCAUGGAGAGCAAACAUAAGCACCGAAGACAUAGACGAUUUCAUUGAGAAAUCCACCAAAGAUGCUCUCUCCGGCGGCUCUCUUUCCCAUGUUCCCACCGAGUCCCUCUUCUUCGUCGAUAAAUCGAAAGAUCUUUCUGUGAAGCGCAAUAUUGAGAAGCACAGAGAAAAGGUUCUCCGCUGUGACAGUGUACUGCAGAAGAAUCCUUUUGUCCAGGCGGUGCCAUCUUCAAAUCAGAAAAAGAAGAAGAAAUCUAAGAAAUCCCAGAGAGAGGCUGAGCCAAAAGAUGCUACUCAAGAUGGUUCCAAGAAUGAUAGUUGUGUCAAGGGUUCUAGCAUGGUGGACUUGUGGGGAAGUGAAGGUGAAGCUGACAACAAACUUCGAAAGGCAUCCAAACCUUCAGCUAUUCCGGCAGUGGAAGUUGAGCCUCCAGGAUGCUCGUUUAAUCCUUCAUUUGAAGCUCAUCAGGAUUCAUUGGCCCAAGCUGUUGCAGAGGAAAUGCAGAAAGUGUAUCAAAGUGAGUUGGGACCUCAACCUGUUCCUUUAACUGUUCCUGGGGAACAGCAAGUGAUUGAUGAAGAAGAUAUGUACUUCCUUGAGGCGGAUAAUGGAGAUGAUGAUGAAGAGAAUUUAACAAAUAAUGAGGAUGCUGAACAAGAAAAAAGGUCCACUAAAACAAAAAGGGUGACCAGAGUUGAGUUGAAUAGGAGAGCCAGACUCAAAGAACAGCAGAAAAAAGAAGCAGAAUCCAAGAAGAAGGAGGAGCUUUCGAAAGAAAUUGAUUCCUUGCCUGAUAUCAUUAAGGAAAUAGCUAAAGAAGAUGAGGAGAAGCAUAAAAGACAUAUCAGGCGUAUAGUAGCUAAGGAAGAAAGACUUAAAGCACGUCCACCGCGCCUAGGAAAGCACAAAUUUGAGCCUGCACCUCCACAGGUACUAUUGUCAGAAGAAAUUACUGGUUCUCUUCGCAAGCUGAAGGGUUGCUGCACCCUUCUAAGGGAUCGAUAUAAAAGUCUAGAGAAAAGGGGAUUGGUUGCUCCAACAGCUAAACGCCUAAGGAGAUAGAUGGUGGAUUCAACUACAGAGAUUGCCUGAUUGUGUGGCAGUUGGCACAGUAAUGCAAAUGGAUGCUGCUUAGCAUGAGAAGAAACUGAUAGUUGGGAUGCGAAUUCCUUUGCAGACAGAGCCAAAGCCUUCUAUGUGUUUUAGUCCAUAGAAAAUCCCAAUCAUAUUAUUAGUCCUUACCAAUAGCUUAUUAGUGUUAUGCAAAUGUGAUUGUUAAGUUUGACGUUUGAUGUUGGUCUCAAGUCUUUCCCUUUUUUCCCCUUUUUGAUUCCUUAGAUUGGAUGAACGUAUUUAGAGUUCAGAUUAUAUUUAUAGACUCCAGAUUAUAAUUUA